GCUAUGCAGAUGAGUAACGGGGCGGGCGGCGGCGGCGGCGGUGGCGGCAUCGGCUCUCGCUCUCGCUUCCUUCGCCCAGCAAGCCCAAGUCGGUCGGAGCUCGGCCCUCGCUCGCCCACGGAGGAGCUGCUGUGAGGGCUGAGAGCGAGCGCCUCCUCCCGAGCCCCGAGGAUGAUAAACACCCAGGACAGGAGUAUCUUACCUUUGAGUAACUGCCCCCAAGUACCGUGCUGCAGGCACAUUGUUCCAGGGCCUCUGUGGUGCUCCGAUGCCCCUCACCCACUGUCGAAGAUCCCCGGUGGGCGAGGGGUUGGCAGGGAUCCUUCUCUUUCAGCUUUGAUAUAUAAGGAUGAGAAGCUCACUGUUAACCAAGAUCUUCCAGUGCAUGAUGGGAAACCACAUAUUGUCCACUUCCAGUACAAAGUUACGGAAGUAAAGGUCUCCUCCUGGGAUGCAGUGCUAUCCAAUCAGAGUCUUUUUGUGGAAAUUCCUGAUGGUUUAUUAGCUGAUGGAAGCAAAGAAGGAUUAUUAGCGCUGUUAGAAUUUGCUGAAGAGAAAAUGAAAGCAAGUUAUGUCUUUAUUUGCUUUCGAAAAAGCAGAGAAGACAGAGCUCCGUUACUGAAGACGUUCAGUUUCCUGGGUUUUGAAAUUGUGAGGCCUGGUCAUCCUUGUGUCCCAUCGCGGCCAGAUGUGUUGUUCAUGGUCUACCCCCUGGAUCAGGUCUCUUCCGAGGAUGACGACGACGAUUAGACCUAGUGCAGCAUUUCAGUGGGGCCUGGACAUGCUUCGAGGACGAGAGGGGGCUAAAAGGCCUCUUCUGAGGAAAGGGAAAACAAAAUUCUUCUGGACUGAAACUGCAUUUCUUAUUGUUAGAGUGACCUGUAUAUCUUCUGAGUUGACUUUUCCAUUGAAAUGUGUUACCUAGCGAAUAAUUAUAAAGUCUGCACAUGUAAUUGCACAAUAGCGAAUGGAAGGUAAAUGGAGCUCUGGGGCCCGCUCUUAAGCCUAGCGAAGACAUCCUGCCCAGCCACACGGUGGCUCACGGAGCCCACGCAGACGGAGAGAGAAGGGAGAAGCCUCAGUUCCUUGUUACAUACAUGUUGGGCUUAUUAUCUAUUAGUUUGGAUAUUUGGCUUUCAUUUCAAAUGCAUAUUUAUACGUUCACUCAGACUCUUAAGCAGGGGAAUGUUUUGAGUGUGGAAAUGAUGAGGAGCAUUCGCUUUUCUUUUUCUUUCUUUUUUGGCAAAUAAGACGAUGGCAUCACUGGGUUAACCCAAUACCUCUGGGGUUCUGAGAAACGCUUUUUAUCCUCUUUCUGGCUUUAUUAGGUUAGUAUUAACUCUAGUGCAGCUUCGUUUAGGAGGGAGGGAGGGAGAAGGAGUAGGGGAUGAAAGGAGGUGUGCGAAGCUGGCCUUGCUUCUGAAGUGCGUCGCCAUCCCUUUCCAAAGGAUUGGGGGCAGCCAUGGGAUCAGGUGGGGAAACGGAGGGAGAGAAUCAAGAUAAAUCAAGCUCCCCCCCCCGCCCUUUUGUUUUUUUUGGCCCAGCACUGAAGUCUAUGGAUUCCGGAAACCCCCUAGGCCAGGGGUCUCCAACCUUGGUCCCUUUAAGACUUGUGGACUUCAACUCCCAGAGUCCCUCAGCCAGCUGGCUGAGGGACUCUGGGAGUUGAAGUCCACAAGUCUUAAAGGGACCAAGGUUGGAGACCCCUGGUCUAGGCAGCUUGAUUUGGCAUUUAAUUAAGACUUCCAUCUUACGCGUCCUCAAAACACAACGGAGACUUUUCCCUUAAAAGUAGUUCAUGUAAUUGAGAUCUCCUGCCCUCGUCCUGCCUUCAAAUGCCCCCCCUGGGAAUAUUAGAUGGCUGCUAUCAUGCUUUUUACCUUUCUUUUAAAACAGCCAGUUCCUUCAAACUUCAUUCACAAUAUACAAUUCUAAAAACUC